AUGGUCAAGGUGUUCCAGGGGCUGCUUGUUGAGUUGCAAGUAUCUAGGAGUAAGGAAGAAGCAGCACUAGCUGAAAUGGUAAAGCAAAGGGAAGACGAGUUGGAAAAGUGGCACCAAUUUAGGCAGAUGGAGUUAGAAAAGAGGCACCAUUUGAGGAAGAUGGAGAAACAGAUGCAGAAACAAAAGGAGUUGGAGAAGAAUGCCAGGAGGUCACUUCAGUUCGGUUCAAAUCGCGGGAAGCAGCACAGGCAGCUCGUGAGGCAGCGCGACAAGGACGCUCGACGCGAUUUUUGUCCUGGUAUCAUGCGCGGUGCCUCACCUCACGGCUCACGCCUCGAACAGAGGCGUCCGACACCUUCCGCCUCAAGCCUCCAAUUCAGCAGCCGCUGCGCCCUCCCCUGCCCGCGAGCUCAAAAGUCAGAGUCGCACGCAAGAAGCGCCCAGGCCCCAGGGCUGCCGCCAAACGCUGCAGAUUGGUACCCAGAGCCCGAGCACCAUCCGUUACCGUAUCACACGCCCAUCUGCGCCAAGCUUGGGGUGAGCGCCGGGGGUGGGGAUGGUGGUGGCGGUGGCGGUGGCAUGAGGACGGUGGAGUGCCUUAGGGGGAGGCUUCUCGCAGAGAGGGUGGCAUCCAAGGCUGCAAAGGAGGAGGCCGACCAACUGGCCAAAAGGCUGGAUGAGCUAGAGAAAAAGCUCGCUGACGAAGUCAAGGUGAGGAACAAGGCGGAGAGGAGGCUCAGGACGGCCAUCAAGAAGCUGGAAUCCCUCAAGAUUCUGGACGUCGAGCUCUCGGACGGCUCCAUUGGGUCGCUGUCCUCCAAUGGCCGCUCCGGUCACCAGGCGCCGGAGGUGGAGGUGGAGGUGGAGGUGGAGGCGGAGGAGAGGAACAGCUCUGGCUCGUUGACCACUGAUGGUUCUGUGCCAUCCGCUCCUUCCGGAGACGCCGACGCCGACGCCGACGCUGACAGGGACAUCGUCAGGGAAUCAUCGGAGGGAUCAUGCACUCAGGUGAAUUCGUCCUCCCAGGACGGGAGCUGGUGCUCCGUUGUGUCAGAGCAAUCCUGGCCUGGUUCUUGCAUGGAUCUUGCCGGAAACACCACCAACUGCAGCUCAGAGGAGAGUGGCGGUGACCAUGAUUCAGAGAGGCAACACCUUGAUGCAUCCAGCGGCUGUGGCUCAGCAAAAUCCGAAGAAGCGUUCUACGAAAGCGACAACAGGCUAGCGCUUGUCCUAGUGGACCCCCAGCUCGUUGCAGCAGCAGCAGCAGACGACGACGGUCCAAGAACGCAGGACAACGAGACGCAGGCAGGAGAGGCCCGUGCCAGGAGUCACGAGGAAGAACGGCAGGAAGAAGAGGAGGCCAACAAGCUUGCGAUCGUUCUAUUCGACACGCAGCCUCAACCGGUCGCGGCCGCCGCUCAAACGGGGCCGCCGAAGCCGCACGGCGACGUGGAGUCCGUCCUCCUGGCGCUGCGGCGGGUGAAGGAGCAGCUGCGCUACACCAUCGAGCGGCGGUCGCAGCUCGUCGUCGCCCACCAGGAACUCUACGACCACUGA